UUGCGUACAGAAAAAGUUCGGUUGGAAUAGGAGAAUCCACCGCAAAUUCAGUUGAAAAAACAAAAUUCACUUUGUUUGCCUAACAGCUUCUUGACAGAUGCUAGAAAAGAAAAUAAUACACAAGAAUAUUAUAGCAUUCAUAUUCAAGUGUAAAGGAUAACCUAUAGUUUUUCCCCUAUAUAUAUAAUAAGAGAACCCUAGUUGUAUUUAUAAAAAUCAAAUUGUUCUGAUUUGUUGUCUACUGCUACAAAAUUCUUUCCUGUCAUCUGAUAACUCUCCACUAUCUAAAAAGGUGUUUUAGAUUGUAUAAGUGACAAUCAUAUAAAAGUGAUUCAUAUCCUCAAUCAUCAUCAAUUAAUCAGAAAACAUGUUGCUAAGAAGCUCUUCAACACCACUUCUUGGUUCCCUCUUAUCUUCUAGUUCCUUCACAGAUAGUCCUAAUCAUCAUACUCAUAUGAUUCACCUUGAAACAUGUCAUGCAGUUAAGCAACUUCCACCAUCAACCACUUCACUCCAACAUCAUCAUAAUCACAAACUUUCAUGCACUUCUUCUCCAAUUUCUCCUUCCAUAUCUGAUCUUGAAAGGCAAAACAAAGGCUUAAUUAGAAGAGUUCAAUCUGAAGGGAACUUGGAAGACUUGGCCUAUGCUACUUGCAAUUACAAUGAAGAUAGUUUCAGUUUAAUGGAUCCUCCUUCUAAGAGGUAUUCAGGUAGACAAAGAGGCUUGGCACUUGAGACCAUUCCAUCUUUCUCUCUUUCGAAGCAAACCGGCUUGCGUGAAGAAGAGGAAGAUGUGGAAGAAAGUGAUAUAGAAGAUGAAGGAUAUGAUGAGUUCAGUGUGAUGAAUAGGAUGAUGGUGAGUGCAGACUUGGAUAGAGUUUGCAGGGUGAGUUUUGAUGAAGAGGGAGAGUUUGGUGAUAAAGAAAUGUAUCUUGCAAAGGGACUUGGUGUUAGUGUUGAUUUCUGUGGUGGUGGUGGUGAUGGCAUAGGUGGUGACUGCAGGGGAGGAGGCAAUGGAGGUGGUGAUUAUAAUUCUAUGGGUUCUGAAAGGAAUGAUGGAGAUAAUAAUGAUAAUCAUGGGGUGGAAGAAUAUUACAAGAAAAUGGUGCAGCAAAAUCCAGGGAAUCCAUUGUUUCUGAGGAAUUAUGCUCAGUUUCUGUAUCAGUUCAAACAAGACCUUGAAGGAGCAGAAGAGUAUUAUUCUAGAGCCAUACUAGCAGACCCAAAUGAUGGAGAAGUUUUAUCACAGUAUGGGAAACUAAUUUGGGAGCUACAUCAUGACCAAGAAAGAGCCUCUAGCUAUUUCGAACGAGCAGUACAAGCUUCUCCUGAUGACAGCCAUGUACAAGCAGCAUAUGCAAGUUUCCUUUGGGACACAGAAGAAGAUGAAGGUUGCAAUGAGUCACAAUGUUUACCUCAACAUUUUCAUCUUGGAGCUAUGGCAACUACCGGUGCUUAGAAGAGAUGUGAUAUGAUGAAUCAACGAAUCAACAGAAACAAAGACAUUCUAUUCUAAUAAUUGAAAUAACAAACUGAUGUGUAGCUUUGAGUUUCUUUUGCACAAUAUGUAAAUAAUUUAGAAAUGCUACAAGUUUGUAAGCAAACCAUUCGGUUUAAUCAAUUAAAUGUCGUACUUGGGGACUGA